GACGCACUUCCUGUUUGUUGUCGGAGAAAGGAGAGAAAGGAAAGCGCGAGGUGCCGCCGCCGCCACCGCCGCCCGCGCUGCUGUGCCGGAGCCGAGGGGACCCGGGCCGCCGCCCCGCCGCGCCUCCUGCUCGCCGCCGGCUCCCUGUCCUCGGACUCAACUCCAGCAGCCUGUUAAAACAUGGUGGAUUACUAUGAGGUUCUAGGCGUGCAGAGACAUGCCUCAGCCGAGGACAUUAAAAAGGCGUACCGGAAACUGGCACUGAAGUGGCAUCCAGAUAAAAACCCGGAGAAUAAAGAAGAGGCAGAGAGAAAAUUCAAACAAGUAGCUGAGGCGUACGAGGUGUUAUCAGAUGCCAAAAAACGGGACAUCUACGACAGAUACGGCAAAGAAGGGUUAAAUGGAGGUGGAGGAGGGAUUCAUUUCGACAAUCAGUUUGAGUUCGGCUUCACAUUCCGUAACCCAGAUGACGUCUUCAGGGAAUUUUUUGGUGGAAGGGACCCAUUUUCAUUUGACUUCUUUGAAGACCCAUUCGAGGAAUUUUUUGGCAGUCGUAGAGGCCCCCGUGGAAGCAGGAACCGGAGCACAGGGUCAUUUUUCUCUGCCUUCAGUGGAUUUCCGUCUUUCGGAGGAGGGUUUCCGGCUUUUGAUUCAGGGUUUACUUCCUUCGCGUCCCCGGGUCACGGGGGCCUCACUUCAUUCUCGUCUGCGGCAUUUGGCGGUAGUGGGAUGGGCAACUUCAAGUCCAUAUCGACUUCUACAAAAAUGGUCAACGGCAGGAAAAUCACUACAAAGAGAAUUGUGGAGAACGGUGAAGAGAGAGUAGAAGUUGAAGAGAACGGCCAGUUAAAGUCCUUAACGAUAAAUGGUGUGGCCGAUGAGAACGCGCUCCUGGAGGAGUGCCGGCGCAGAGGCCAGAGCGCGCUGCCCGCCCAGCCCGCCAGCACCAGCGGCCCGUCGUCGAGGUCUCACAGGCCGGCCUCCCUGCCCAAACCCGAGUCUGAGCACGUGCACGAAGAGGAGGACGAGCCAGGCAGUCAGCGGGCCGCCGGCAGCCCCUGGGACCCCUCCGUGCUCUCUGCAGGUGUGCAAAGGGAAACCAAAGUGGAGCUUCCCCGCGGGGACGCUGCCCCUCCCUCCCGAGACCAGAGAGGACCGAAAUCGCUCCUGUGCUGUUGUGUCCUGACCUGAGCGUGGAUCUAAAGAAGGUGGCAAGAGGAAGAAGCAGAAGCAGAGAGAGGAGUCCAAGAAGAAGAAGUCGACCAAAGGCCACCACUAGACGGACUCGCGGCCACACUCGCUGCCCGAGCUGGUGCCCCGGCCGGCUCUGUGUGGUCGCGGCACGCGCUAGCGCCACCUGCUUUGCCUCUGUCCCAAGACCACACCUCCUCAGCUCGGGGACGCGGAGGAGCCGGCAGUGACGGUAGUGGGUGGCGGUGGCCCAAGUGUGGAGCCUGCCCGGACUGCCCUCGCUUCUCCCAGCACUAAAUCCGAUCGUGUCUUCCCGGAGUGGCUCGGGACCCAGCUCCUUCUUUCCAGCCUUUCAGCCACCAGCUGCCGGGCUACUUAGAGCUCUCGAGGUGUGACAGGCAGAGAACGGAGUGUGUGUUCGUGGAAUGGCUUCCUUCCUUCCUGGCCGCAGAUUCCUGGGAGCUAGCGCCAGGGAAGGGCAGGGUGGCGGAGCGGUCUGGUGCAUCGGGUGACCGCCACACGGUGCUCUGUCCUUCAGACGGGGGCGGGGGGUGCUAGACCUUCCAGCAGCUCAGCAGCCGGCCUGGCCUGGCCCAUGGGGGCCUUGGGGUGACUCACUUUAGAUAUAAAGUCAUUCCUUCCGUUUACUGUAGUUUUAGUCUCUAGCCUGAACUUAACUUCAGAGACCGUUUAAGUUUUGCUAAAACCCUUCUUUUUUUUUUUUUCUUGGACCCUUAAUUCUUAGCAUAUGCACAGGAUC